CGGGUUGCGGGUUUGAACCGCACCCGCCCAAACCGCCCGCAUUAAAUUAAUUAAAUUUUUUUUCCCUCUCUUUCAAAUCUAGCCGUCCAUCACCAUCUCACUCACCUCAUUACAAACAAAACAAAAAACCCUAAAUUCGUCUCCCUCACUCUCUCAGUCAGCCUCAUCUCAACUCAUCUAUGUCUCUCUCUCUCUCACUCUCUCGUUUCGUUAUUCUGCACCGAUCACUCUCUCUCACUCUCUCGUUUUUCAUCUCAUCGAACCAAUCAUCGCACCGCCAAUCUACUCACAGAUCCACAGUUUGGUUUUGCAUCUCUGCACCGAUCGACUUAUAGAAGAUGAAGCUCAAGCAAUUGGAAGGUCAUCUUGGAUCCCUUCAACAAUUCUCGAACCCAAAGAUUGAACUAGAUCAAUACCCAACUGGACCCCAUAUCGCUUCUCGGAUGUUAUACACUAUAACCGUCAAGGGAUAUGCAGUAUCAGGAGGUGGCCGUGCAAUUGAGAGAGUAGAUGUAUCCAUUGAUGGUGGCAGAACCUGGGUGGAAGCAUCCAGAUACCAGAAUGCGGACAUUCCAUACAUUGCUGAUAAUGCUCUCUCAAAUGCUUUAAUAGAGGAUGAACUCAUUUAUCUGAGGGCUCAAUUUGAGCUAUUGAAACCAAAAGAUGGGUGUUUCUCGCUCAAUAUUGAAAUUAGAUUGACAUGGAUAUUUCUACAAAAAAUACAUAUUUCUUUUUGUUUUUUUGAUGUCUUAUGUUGUUUUCUUCAUUAAAGUUUCUGCGUGCUAUGAGAUGGGUGAUUGGGGUAUAGGGUUCUAUUGAGUGUUAUGAAUUGAGACCUAUUUCUCUGCCAUGGUUUUCCUACAAUGAACUUGUCGUACUUUUUAUCACAGCAAGACACCUUAGCAAAGUACAUAAUCCAACAGUUCGAGUUAAAAUUAAAGUAAAAUAACAUUAAAGCCAUACAUCCUAAAAUGAUGUAGUUUUGCCUCAACUUUAAAUAUAGGCCGUUGGAUUACCACACCAAAACCAUAAUGAUUGUGAUGGUUAUAUGCUAUAAUACUAAAGAAUUGCACGAUAUCAUAUCAGUGAGGCAUGUAUACUGUUAGUUUUUCAUCUUCCCUUGUUCUCUGUUCAACUCGUAAAACCAUAGAUUUUUGAUAUAGAUGAGAUAGAACAUUAAACUUGUUAUUGGUUGCCAUUCUAUUGCCAUUAAACGAUAUCAUAGCAGACUUGUUUCAUAAAAUCAAAAAACAAUGUUAUGUGAAGGCAUUGUACUCUGUUAUGGAUGUAACUUACCAAAGGUUGAUCCCAUGAUCCAUCAUUACGAAUUUCUAUAAUUUUUAUCAGGUUACUCUAGGAAUAUGCCUGGAUAUAAAAUAUGUCAAGCAUAAUGAGUGAAUAGCACAUUUAGUAUGUUUGUAAUUAGCAACUCUCUGGCUUUAACGCAAAGAAUGAACAUAUUCAUGUUUGUACAACUCUGUAAAGUUAGGCUUGGCUACACAUGCUACUGCAAUUUUGGUCGAAGAAAUUUCUAGUGAAACAUGAACAUUCAUCAAUAGCAACAUGAACAAUUUCACACCUAAUGUCAAAGGCACAAGUAAAAUAGUUCUUAGGCAUCAUUGAUAAUCUUUCUCACAGCAUGGAACAAACACAUCAAUGCAAAGAAUCAUGUAGAUCAUCCAUAUUUUUAUAGGGGCAAUAAAUACAUACACAUGUUGAUAAGUUACAGAGGCCAUAAUUUUGAAGUUAAUGGUUUUCGUUUGUUGGAGCUAAAGCCACCAUUCAAAAAGCAAAUUUUUAAUUGAUACAAGUGGUUACAAGUGAAAUCACCCAUAAAAUUCCAUCCUAAGCUACAAGAGACUAGACCACAGUGACAUUCACUAGCAAAAGGACACAAAAAAU